AUGGAGGCAAGUCGAGGAAGUAGCCAAAACAACUAUCCCGAAACAUUUGUUGCUGUUUUUCAGUCAAGUAUUGCACUCAAUGGUAACACCUUGCGGUUUGGCAUUCGAGAAUUUGCUUUGGUUACUGGGUUGAAAUGUUACGAAGAUGAUAACACUAUGUAUGAUGAGCCAGAAGUCAACAGGUUACUGAAAGAGUAUUUUACCGGAGAUGGAAAAAAAUCAGUAAUGAGGGAGAGUUUGCUUGAUCGCUUCAAGCAAAAGGGUUGGAAAUCAGAUGAGGAUGCGCUCAAAAUGGCCAUACUAGUAUUCGUCCACCAUUUCCUUUUCUCUGGUGCUAAUAAGCAUAGCAUAUUAAAAAAAGAUUUUGAUAUAGUUGAAAGUGGUCAGUAUCAGAGGUAUGUAUGGGGCAUAAAAGUAUUUGAAGACAUGUCCAGAACAAUGAGGGAUAAACUGCGUGCCAAGUUGACAAUGUACAGGCUCGGGGGUUUGCCACUUGCAUUCCAAGUAUGGCUUUAUGAGUGUUGCUCCACGGUUGACAAAACUCUAGCAUCUCGUGUUGGCAAUAGUGUGCAACGCAUUCUUAACUGGCAAGUUGAAGAAGCUCCGACGUUUGUGGACCUAACUAGUGGGAAACUCAUGACUAGUAUUUACCAGUUGGAGUACCAGAACCUUACCCCUAGCAGUGAAGAGAUAUCAAGGCUGAAUCUUGCGGCAUUUUUUAAAGAUGUCAAUUUUGAUCUUCCAUUGGAAGAAGAUGUGCCUACCUUUGACAAUAAUCAUUCUAACGUUGCAUCCCCAGUUCAUCCACAGAAGCAACAGCCUCGUCCGAGAUGCAAUAGUUUUGCAAGCCCUGAUAGUUUGAAGGCUGAAAUUAGUGAGUUGAGGGUUGACGUCAGAGAGCUUACCAAAAAAGUUGUGGUACUCAACGAUUAUAUGGUUUCUUCCUUUGAAAAACUCUUCAACUUGUUUGAUUCCAAGGCAAAAAAAGAAAAAAGAGGAUGGCGUUCCUGUUUCUAAGAAACGUCAAAGUGUUGAUGAUGAUGAUACAUAUGACCACGACGGGUAUCAACAUUUCGAUGAUCAUGACUUUGCCGCGAAUGUUCCUGAAGGAAAUAUGUCUGCUGAGGAAACUAAGUCUCGUGUCAAGGAAAAUGAGGGAGUUACUGGUGGUGAGGCAAAUGAGGGAGUUACUGGUGGUGAAGCAAACGAGGGAGUUACUGGUGGUUUUUCUAGGGCAGAGGAAACACCUGUUGUGAAUGAGUGAAACAUAGGUCAUGUCAAUGAACUCACUGAUGAAGUUUUGGCCAAGUUAAACAUGUCCCAAAUUGUGCUUCAUAGGCAACAUGCCAAUAAAGAAGACAUGACACCCGAAGAAUUGGCUCGGAAAAAGUUUCCACCAAAAUGUGUUUCUUCUCCAUUUGUGAUAGAUUUUGGUUCUGAUAUAAGUGGCACAUCAAAGUCAGCGCCCAAGUGCAUUUUUGAGGAGAAGUAUCCUUUUGUGAACAACAUUGAUAAGUUUGAUCCCUAUUCACCUGAGGGUAGAGCAUUUGCUGAGUUUGUUGAUGAUGGGAUGAUUUCAACACAAAGGUAGCUUCAUUGUUUUAAGAUUUUUCUUUUCUUUUUACAAUGAUCCGUAUGUGUUGAUUAUUUUUCAUUUUCAUGAUUUUAAAGCGCCAAAGAUAUUUAUCCCGAGGAAAAAACAAUCUGCCCGUGCCUUUUUUUGGAUCAAUUUAUGUGAGGAAGAGGGAUUGGUUCCACACAAUUUCAUACAGUGGUCAACUUUUAUCUGAUGAGGUAUGUGAUUUUCUUAUAAUUUUCAAUGUUUCUGCUGCUGCGGGUAGUUCAGGGUGGAGUUUAGUUGCUGUUUAGCAAGUUCUAAAGUUUCUCUGGGUUGAUUCACUAAUGAUUGUUACUUUACUUCUACUUUCCGGUCUCAGCACAUUGAUGUCAUAUUUUACUAUUUGAGAAAAAAGGGUAAAUAUGAUCUUACUGUUGCUAUGCGGUUCAUGACAACUGACUGGUUUUUAGGUGGGAAGAUUGCUGAGUUCUAUGAAAAGUAUGUCAAGGCUAACCAUGACGCUGCUAUUAUUCCUGAAGUUAAUGAGAUAUCUCAGUAUAUUCAAGGUUUUUACUGUGACGCAAAUGUACCAUAGGACACAGUUGACCGUGUGUUAAUUCCGUUUCAUGUCAAGCGUGGAAAAAAAGAUACAGGUCAUUGGGUCUUGGGUGUGCUUACGUUCAAGGAUAGGUGCAUUCACGUAUAUGACUCUAACCGUGGUGCUUUGAAUGAUUCUUUUGUUACAAAAGCACUGUUGCCUUUUGCAUUCAUGAUACCUCAAUUCUUGACGAGUACUGGAUUCUAUGGCAAGAGGAGCGACAUUGAUUUCAAAAGUGAUACAUAUGCUGAUAAAGCACUAUCUGACCCGUUGUUGGUCAAUUUGGUCACUGGCCUGCCACAUCAGUUCAAUGCGGAUUGUGGCGCUUUUAUUGCUGCCUUUGCUAAGCAUUUCAUCAUGGGGAAAAAAAUAGACAAGAAGAAUUUUGACAUCGACACAUAUCGCGCAAGAAUUGGAUCCCAGUUGUGGCAAUAUGGAUUGAAGAAACAACAGCUUGGUGUCAUGAGCGAUGAUGAGGUCAAGGGCAGGAGCGACAAGAAGAAGAGGAAGAAGAAGAGGGGGCGGCCAAAAAAGCCGAGGAACGUAGUUAAUUUGUAGUUUCAGUGUACUUAUUAGGAGUGUUUGAUGUUCUGUUUUGUUUUGAUGUUCUGUUUUGUUAAAGUACAUCUUUUGAUGAAUCACAGUACCUUUUUGCUAUUCGCAAAAGCAAAAAACUACUGACUAGUCAGUUUGUUAUGGAUUUUUGGUGUAAUUGACUCUUGUAAAAAUCUGAAAGCAUGGACCAAUUAUGGAAUUAUGGCUUUGUAUUUGA